AUGGAGUCCGAUCACGAGGAGUAUAGAAAAAUCAUGGGGGAUAGGACCUAUGGCACCUUCCUCUUUACUCCUCAAUGGUUUUCCAACAUGACUCUAGGAUCAGUGGGCUAUUUCGAUAAAACUGGAGAGUGGCAUCAAGUCACCAAUCUCAUGGAGGAAGGCCGUCCAGAACGAGAUGGGUACAAGCCAUUCCGCCGGGAAGGCCUGGAAUAUGCCGAGCCGCAGCCGAUCGUUUGGGAAAACAACUCUUCAGAGAUUGAGAAGGGACGGAGCUACCGAGGCACGGCCGAAGGGUCCGGCGCCAUGGCUGCGGCCCCAGCUGAGGCAUCAGUUCAGGUGAAGGUGCAAAAACAUGGGAUUUCGGGUCACGCCAAGUAUCGGAUGAUCGAUUGGGUGACAGAUAAUACAACCGAACUUCUUGAGCAUCCGGACUUUGGUCGCGCACUCAAGCAGAAGGAGGAGUUAUGGGUGGUCGCAGCCACAUGGGUUACCAAGGAGUGUGCGAUCAAGUUGGCCAGCGGCAAGAAGCAAGACCUAGACUUGUCCUUUGACGUGGGAGCGACGGGGAUAGGUAAGCUGGGCAGCGGCAUCGGAGUGUUUGAGCAGCUCAAGAGGGAGGGGUGUCGGUCAUACCCCCCGGUCGAGAACAGCAAGGGCUAUGUCGUCUCGUUUGCGGGAGUCAGACAUGUUUUCUCGAGGACGAAGAAUUUGGUUGGAAAGGCUCCCUUCAAAGAGUAUAAACACACAAUAAGCGCCCCAAUUCCAAAGACUACAUCCGAUUCAGAUGAGACCCGGCAUGUGAUCCAGACUUACACUUUCAAACCCAAUUGGAAAAACUGGGGCCAAGAGGAGACCAAGGAUGAUGAAGUUGAUGACGAAGGAGGGUUCACGUGUGAAGCAGUUGGGAUGAGUGAGAGUGAUACUGAGACAGACUAA